ACAAAUAUGUUCGGAAAAAAGGGGGAAAUUAUUGUAAAUAUGAGUGACUAUAUAUUGCAUAUUACAUGACGUACAUCACCUGUUUCUAAGCCCGCAUUUACUCAUGGGAAAACGUGUCACAGCAUUUACAUAUAUACUGGACAAGAAGUCAUCGAAUAGAGAAUUUUUAGCAACAAAAUUUAAGCUUAAAAUGACAGUACAGAAAGAAAAGAAAGGGAAAUGCUUUUGCUGGAGUUCAAAAACAUGCUAAAAAAGUAAGGAAAACAUCGCUGAAAGAAUCUGAAAUCACACAGUCAACACCGAGUUCAGCAUGCGGUCAAUCAUCGUCAAGUUCCAAAUGUGAUAAACCGAUAAGUGCAUCCCGACUGAAAAUGAGGCCACAAAACUCUUCAGAUUGUCCCUCAAACAGUUUGGAUGAUGGAGAAACUGUUCAGAGCGAGGCAUACAGACUUGUAGACCUGAAGAAAUUGUCAUCAACUCUGUCAGAAGCCCACGUAUGUGAUGAAGGUAAGAACUCUGGGAAACAAAACACUGUUUGCUCAGUACAAAUGAUGUUGUAUGGCAAAAUGUGUGUUGUAGUUGAAUUUGGUUUACUUUUUUAUUCGAAAUUUUCAAGGUUUGUAAACAUUUUGAUUGCAUCUGUCUAGCAUGCUUGUAACAGUUUGUUUAUAUGCCAAUUUAAAAUUGGAAAUUUUUGUAAAUGCAUAUGUUAUGGAAUGUGGUUUUAAUUUUCAAUGUUAUUGCAUCCUAGGUCAUUUAAAUUUGAAAGAAAAUUCAUCAAUGAGAAGUGGAUUGAUGUCUGACCUUUCUGUUGAAUGUAGCUCGUGCUCCGAGGCUACAUCACUGAAAACAUCAUCUUCUGUAACCAAUCAAGGGCAAUCAUUUGAUGUGAACCGACGUGCUGUUUACCAUUCUUUGGAGACAGGUGGUGGCUAUGAAGGGCUUGUUUCAUUUUGUAGUAUCAUGAAUAUGCCCUGUAUUUCAUCUGCUGCGUACUACAAACUAGUUGACACCAUACUUGUGGCUCAAGAAGCUGAAGCCAAGGAUGAAAUGCAACAGGCAAGUCAAUGACUUCGAGAUUAUAUCUUCAAAGAAAAUGGAGAGAAAAAUUGUGAUGAUGUUGUUGUCGAUGUAGCUGUUUCCUUUGAUGGGACAUGGGCCAAAAGAGGGUUUACUUCCUUAACUGGGGUAGUCUUUGUACUAGCUGUAGAUACUGGAGAAGUUCUUGACUACCAUGUACUCUCCAAAGAAUGCCGUAAAUGUACAAUGAAGAAAAGCCGAUGUAAAACUGAUAAGGAGUUUGAAGAAUGGCAGAUUGAACAUAUAUCCUCCAAUCAGUGUGAUAUCAAUUUUACAGGCAGCUCACCUGCAAUGGAGGCUGAAGGUGCUAAAAUAUUGUGGAGCAGGUCUGUGGAACUUCACAAAAUUCGGUACAAGUGGAUGGUUUGUGACGGCGACAGUAAAGCCCAUGCUGCUGUUGAGGAUACAUAUGAUGAAUGCAAGGUUGAAAAGUUAGACUGUGUAGGACAUGUACAGAAGAGAAUGGGAAAACAUCUGAUGAAUCUUAAGUCAACUACCAAGGGCAAGCUUGCUGAUGGCAAAUCUAUCGGAGGACAAGGCCGCCUGACAGAGGUCAGGAUCAAGCGCAUCCAAAGAUACUACGGACUUGCUAUAAGACAAAAUACUUUAAAAAAGGCACACCCAACUGAAAAUGAAGUUAAUGUUGCUGUGUACACCAUGAAGAAAAAUAUUAUAGCUAUCCUUCAUCACUCCAUUCAGUCUAAAGACCUCGCUAAACAACAUCGCUUUUGUCCUGUUGGAGAGUCUUCAUGGUGCAAAUGGCAACAAGACAUUGCUACUGGAACGAAGACCUACAAGCCGGAUGAUUGUCUACCAGGAGUGUUCUGUGAUUUGUUGAGCCCAACUUUUAUGACAUUGAGUGAGAGCAAGCUUCUUGAGCGAUGUGUGCGUGGUGCCACACAAAAUCACAAUGAGUGUAUCAAUGCACUGGUAUGGGCUCGCUGUCCGAAGAACAAGCACCAUGGUGCCAAAUCUGUCCGUUGUGCUGUAGCCUCUUCCGUCUGUCACUUUCACAGUGGGGCAUCUUCUAAAGUAAGGGUGAUGGAAAGACUUUCCAUCCCAGCUGGAGUCUUUACCAAACAGGCAUCAGCAAGACAGGACAAAAGGCGUAUCAGGAAAGCAGAUAGACAGACAACUGAUAAGGCUAAGAGACAACGACAAGGAGUCCAGUUGCUGCGAACUCGCCGUGAAGAAGCCCUGCGGGAAGCCGAGGGAGUGAUGUAUGAAGCAGGAGCCUUUUAA